AUGUUUUUAUUGUCUUCUACUGCAAAUCUCACAAUCAUAUAUUUACUCUAUUACAACAAAUAUAUGGAAAUGGCAAAUUUCAUUAUUUUUCAAAUUAUCAGAAAUUUGUUUUUUAUUACCACACUAGUUUCUUGGGGUGGAAAAUUGACCUUUUGUGCAACAAAUGAGAUAGAUCACUGUUUUUGUGAACACAUGGCAUUAGUUCAGCUGGGAUGUGGAGAUAUUUCCAUUAAUAAUGCAUUAGGGCUUUUGGCUAUUUUUCUUACAAUAACUGCUGAUUUUAUUUUAAUUACAAUAUCAUAUAUAGUAAUAAUUUCUUCUAUCCUGAGAUCUGGCAAGGCCUGUUUAAAGGCUGUUAACACCUGCAUUACUCAUAUAAUAGUCAUGACAGUUAGUCUGGCUUUUGCUUUAAUGGCUUUUAUGUCAUAUGGAAUAAGAAACAACAUUUCUCCCACUAUCCGCAUCUUCCUGAGUACAAUGUACUUGCUUUUUCCAAGCUGUUUUAAUCCAAUUAUUUAUGGAGUAAAGAAAUAA